AUGACAUUAAGUUUUUCGUCCUUCUCCAUCAAAGACAUCCUCACAGGACGUGAUGCCAGAGAGAAGCUCGGGACCAGGUUUACAGAAGAGCUCUGCGCACCAAAGCGCAACAUCUGCAGCGGGCACGCUACUAGAGUCACCAAUCUGUCUCAUCAAAACGCGGAUGAGAACCGCAUCCACCCGGAGAGACUUCCUGCUGAUCUCAGUCUGUCUGUUGGAAACCUCCGAUCUGAUACCCACAGAGAGGAGACUGAGCUCAGAGGCGCUGCAGACCAGCAGACACACACUGCGGAGCGGGAUAAACAGCAAAAAGAGGAGGAGGAGGCGGAGGAGGAGGGAUGUCACCACAGCGGUGAGACGGUCAGCUGUUCGUCCGAUGAGCAGCGGUGCAGGCCCUCAACGAAGAAGCGCUCCAGGGCGGCCUUCUCUCACGCACAGGUCUACGAGCUCGAGCGCCGGUUCAACGUGCAGCGGUAUCUCUCGGGUCCUGAACGAGCCGAUCUGGCGGAAGCUCUGAAACUCACAGAGACCCAGGUGAAAAUCUGGUUUCAGAACCGGAGGUAUAAAACCAAACGGCGCCAGAUGGCGGCCGAGCUGGUGGCGUAUGUCUCACCAAAGACAGUCGCAGUAAAAGUGCUGGUGAGGGACAACCUCAAGCAGUACCAGCAGGCCAAUGGAGUACACAUCCCAAUGACUGUGCCGCUGUACCACCAGGCCUACCAGUACCACCCCUACCUGCACUACUACUGCCAGCCCUGGAGCAUGAACAGCAUGUCCUGUGGAGGGAUGCUCACAUGAAUUGGACAAGUGUCUCUCCCAACUCAAGGUGUUGGCAGCUUUUUAUACACUCAAUGGAUUACCCUGUCUGGUCAAACGGACUGAGACUGUACACGUUUUUUUGUUUUGAAUAUUUGUUUUAUAUUCGAGUGAUUUUGUGUCUUAGAACCAGAACCCAGUUUGACAUUUUGGCCAGUGGAUUAGGGUUCUAAAAAAAUGCAAAUGCCUCUCACAAUGAGCUAAAUUUAGAAAUAUUCUGUAAGUCUUUAAUCAAUAAAAUAAAAAUAAUAUUAAAACAUUCUGUGUUUGCCUGCAGUGACGAUUAGCGUUGGCAUAGGCAUUACAAAUCUCUUUUAAUU